GUUAACAUUAACAUUGGUUAAACGAGUUUGCAAUAAAUUGCAUAUUUUGAGCACAAAAAAAGGAAGUUUGUAGCUUCCAGGAUAGGUUUUACGAGAAUUGAAUAAGCUUAGGGAUUCUAUAUGAAGGGUAUUUAUCUUUAUACUUCAUUCCUUCUUGGAAAAGGUUAUAUGGAGAGCAUGGAUAGCCUUGUAUAUGAGAGAGAAUAUGGAUAAGAACGUUCUAAGGCAGAUCUAAGCAUAAAUGUAACUAAGCAACUCGCAGCAAGGCCAACAACGUCGCGUUCAUUGCCAAAGUUGCCAAUGAAAGCCUCGGACCAAAGAAGAGAGUUCGGAAGAAAUGUGUCUUGUUCGAGAUAUAUGUAUUAUAAAGGAUGAACAAAAGAAUGGUUUUACUCAUUUUCGCCUUCUUGAUUCUCAUAUACGCAAGAGUUCCACAAUGAAAUCAACCAAUACGUGCCGUGUCGUUGGUCACAGUUGUUUCUUUUCACAUCCCGAGAAGUAGUCGCAUAGUUCCUUAAUGUACUACGCCUAUGCUUUGCCCCUUGGCUUCAACCUUCGUUGUGCUCAAAACUUCCUAGGAGAGAUAGACAGAGCAAUUCUUCAUCCGUGCAUAGUAAAAGUGUCUCAACCCCUAGAGGCUUCUCAAGAAACUAAUCUUGUCUCCUUUAACUCGUAAACACAUACUCCCAAGUUUCUUGUUCUUCUCUAAGUUUGGUUCAUCAUUACCUUGCUUGCUUGCUCCAUUCAUGGUGAUUCUCAGUGUAGAAUUUUCCUUUAGGUUUGAAUGAGCAUCCUUUUGUUUGCUUACUUUCCUGCAAUCUCCAAAAAUGGUCCUUUGUUACAAAACAUGGAGCAUUCUUUCACACUUUAGCUGCACAUCCCAUCUCUUUCCAAACUUUGUAAUUCAAUUCUUUCAUCACCAAAAAUAAUUAGAUCGUUUCCUCGAUUUCUUAAUAUAAACCGGUAUGGCUGUCAUGUUUCAGCAUAAUUCACUGUCAUCAUACCUGUCGGCAACUAACACACUCCAACUUUGGUCUUUAUUACGUGUUUUCUGAAAUUUAAUUUUCAAGACUAGCUAUAUCAAUUUUCUUUUUCUAAUUCCUUAUUUUUCAUGUUUAAUAAUAAGCAUUCUCGGUUCGAUUAUCGUCGUAUUACCCAGCCAGACCAGCCAUCUUACAUUAUUCCACCACCACCGCUAUACUUAUAUCAAGGCUUUUUUUAACGCCCUCUCUUUUCCAAACUUUUUCUUUUGUACUUUGCAUUCGUAAGCUUAGAACUGGCGACACUUUUUGUCUGCCUUUGCGGAAUUGAAUUUUUCUGUGUUUCUUAGAAGUUCACACCCUUGGUACACUUUUAUAAGUUGCAAAAGUUUCUUCUUUUCUUUCAGUUUUACCGUGACAUUCCUUCACCUUUUACGGUAAACGUUCUGAUCUUCUUUGUUAAUUAGUAGAACCGUUUAUUUCUGGUACAUUGUGUCUUUAUUUUCUUUCCUUUCUUGUUAAUAGAUAUACAUUGGUUCCUUUUCGUUCUUUUGCAAGCCUAUUUUUUUUAAGUUCUUGGGGAUUUCUCAUAGGAUACUGCUUUUUGUUUCUUACAGCCCUCCUUAUUUUGUGUUUACUCGUUUUAUAUGAAGCUCUCCAAUGAUAUUUUCCGCAAAAAUUCUCGAGAUGAGCGCAGAAGGAAACGCACGUCCAUAGACUAUCCGGACGACUUUUUGGCUUCUCCCGUUUCCACUCCUAAUAUCUCACCCGUAUCGCCAAAACGACUUUCUAUAUCCGAUUUUUCUUCUUUUCGUUUAUUUUCAUCUCCUUUUAAUUCUCCAAAACGUUAUGACAGCACGCAUUCCCGUCAACUCCCCAUGACACCCCAAAGUUCUCGUUUAUCUCCUUCCCGCCGUACCGCUUCUUAUACGGUGCGAUCAUCCCCUGCUCUUCCAACAACAAGUUCUGUCUAUUCCUACGAUGCUGACCCGAAUGGGACUGUUUCUUCAUUUCCCAAUGCCCUCCAUUCCAAUUUCUCCCCAAGUGACCCCUUAGAUACAGAUCCUUACCUCAUGUCCCCUGGUGGUCAAUAUACAGACGUGCAUCGCCCUUUACCAGAAACGCCAUCUCCAACAUCUCCUACUUCUCAUCCUUUACCUCGUCCACCGCUUUUGAACACCCAUUCAAACAAUUCUUCUCCAUAUAGUAGUAGUUCCUCGAACAGCUUUUAUACCCUUUACAAUGAGCUACCUCUUUCCUUUUCUCCUGAACCGUACUUACCUCUUUCUCCUACUCGUUCUCCCUCUCGAUCUACAAGUCCAUUUCGUACUGCAAUGAACGAGGCUGAUAAUUACUCUCUUUCUCAUAUUGAUUCCUUUGGGUGUUGGAGCGAUCCUUCAUUUACGGAUUUGACCUCUUCUCCUAGUCCAGCGAACUUUCCUUCACCCUCUCAAGAACUACAUAUUUCCAGGGAACUUCCUAAGGUUCCUGUUCAACAGUAUACUUCUGGCGAGAUUUCAUCUCCUUUAGUGUCACGCUCCUCAAGAGCCACUCAAGCGAAUGCUUUAUUUAGUAGUUGUCGUGAACCUUGGUCUCUGAAGAGACUUUUCUCAUGGUGCAAGGAAGAGGUUUUCCCUGCUCUUAGUGCUACAACGACAGAUGGCGCACCUCGGCAAGAGGUUGCCCAAAUAAUGGCUAUACUAUUUACAAUGUCAGUUGCAUCCAUGGACUUUCUAAUUGCUGAAGUCCUUGCAAAAAAUAUCAUAAGUGAUUGGAUUCAGAAUGGUUAUAUGAAAGUUACUAAUCUUGAAAAACUAUAUAUAACUUUUGUUGAUGAUCAGUUUCCUUCAAGCAGUGGUGUGCUUCCUAUUUUAACAAACGGUGGCUGUUAUUCAUACACUUGUCGUUCUAAAGCCUCUUCCUCUAAUUAUACAUGUUACAGCUGCAGGUGUGUAAGAAUUCCCGCCCAUAGACUUACUAGUACGCAAGGAGACUUCUGUGAUGAUUCUUGGAAUAUGUUUUGGAACCUCUCACCUCAGGACUCUUUGCCAUCGUCACUCACCAAAAAGGAAGUAGCCCGACAAAACAAUAUUCAUGAACUUAUAUGUAAAGAAUCAGAUUAUGUAGCUGAUCUUCAUACUCUUGCUGAACUUUUUAGGGAUGGGAUCGUUCAAGAGAAUUCCAUUGUACCUAGUAAUCGAGUGGCUGAUUUUAUACAGUCCGUCUUUGGAAAUGUCGAAUCAAUUCGUCAGUUACAUUCUCAAUUUAUAUUGCCACAAUUAAUUAUAAGAGAGCGAUUACAAGGUCCUGUAGUGUCUCUAAUCGGUGAUAUUCUUCUGGAGUGGAUACAAAUGGCUAAAGUAUCUUACAUAAAUUAUGCCAAGCAGUUUCCACUGGCUGAUGAAACUUACAAGCUAGAAUGCCAACGAAAUACUUACUUUGCUCGCUGGUUAGCAACCUGCAGAUCAGAUCCUCGUUGUCGUCGACUUGAUUUUCAGCACUUUCUACAAAGACCAACUCAACGUUUACAAAGAUAUACCCUUGAAUGGGAUACAAUUCUUAAGCAUACAGAUCCUACAAGCUGGGAUUAUCAACUAAUAAGUCAAGCUGAGAAAGAAUUAAGGGCAACCUGUGAAGAAUGCGAUGCGGUAAUUGCUACAGUACUUGAAGCUAACCGUAUUCGCGACCUUUCAUAUCAAUUGUUAUUUAAAAACCAUGAAAGUAUAAAUUUAGAAUUAAGAGAUCCAGAACGUGAAUUCUUCUUCGAAGGGCCUGUUUUUAGGAAAAGUGAAUCACGACUCGAUUGGAUUGAGAUACAUAUAUUUUUGUUGGACAAUUAUUUCAUUAUGGCCAAACCGAGAAGGGACAAGAGAACAAAUGCGAUGAAAUUUUUGGUGUCCAAACGACCUAUACCGAUGGAUCUUUUAGUUCUAAACCCUUUAACAGAAGAAUGGAACUCAAGGAACAGCUCUAACAAAUUCCUAGGAAGUUUGACUGGUAAUUUUCCGUACGAUGGGUCUACGAACGUUAGGUCAAAGAGAAAAAGUCGCCUUAACUUGGAUAUUCUUUAUGAUUAUAAUUCUGAUAAAAUGAAUGAGGGUUCCUUGAAUACAUUAGCACUUGAAAAGCAACAUUUUUAUCCUUUUACAGUAAGGCAUCUGGGUGGUUUAUCUUCAACCUAUACUUUGUAUACGGAAUCUUUACAACUUCGAAAACUUUGGAUGGACAAAAUUAAUUUUGCGAGAAAACGGCACGCUCAGAAGAUGCACAAAAAGAGCCCAUUUGCAUUACAAAUUGUGAGCGAUGUUUCUUUCCAGUAUCCUCCUGCUGAUUUAUCCCAUACUUUUGAGUCUUCUUCUCGAUCGCCUGAAAUAAGUUUGGUUGAGGGAUCCGCAGUGGACCGUGCGUUAACAAUGGCGGCUUGGCGCUAUCCUAUACACAACGAGGAUGACUUACCUGAAGCCAUUAACUAUGGAGAUAUAACUUGUAUUGCUCAGUUCGGAGGUGCGGAUGGGAAACUAUCAAUUUGUAUUGCUACGACGACGGGCGUCUUUCUGGGUUCUUUUGGAGGUAAUAGCAAUAUUCGUGAAUGGCGUAAAAUUUCAAGUCAUAGACGAGUAAUGCAAAUAGGAUUGUUAGAAGAGUUUGACUGUUUACUAGAGCUGCGUGACCGGUCGAUGUAUGCCCACAAAUUAAGUCGAGUGAUUGAAACUGGAACUUUAGAGCCCAAAGUUGCAAUACCCGUUGGUACUUCCCACAAUAUAUCUUUCUUCAAGAUUUCUAAAUUAACGGAAGGUGCGUCUAUAAAGCGAGAAAGAACGCUCAUUUUUUUCAAACAAGGAUCAGGUAAUGCAAGUUCUAUCCAUUGCUGUGAACCUGUUGUUGGGCUUGGUCAUCAUAAUCAAAAAGCUUAUAAUUUCAAACAAAAGAACGUCAGUUCUUUUCGUAUUCUCGAAGAAUUUCGAGUGCUUGCGGAUUGUUAUUCUAUGAAUUGCUUCAAGUAUUCUAUAGCCAUCAGUCGUCAAAAGGGAAUUGAUAUUGUACGUCUAGAUCCCAAGUUGGCUGUCAGUUUCCCUAGUCCCUCUGUUCUGACCGACCCUUUCUAUCGCUCACGUUUAAAUAAUUCGAAACCUCUGGGAGUUUUCCGCGUUCACGAUUCCACAAUAUUUGCUUGCUGUUACCAUAACGGAGCAUUAUUUGUUAAUGGCGAGGGAAGCCUAAUUAAGAAGGAUGCAUGGCUACAAUGGAUAGGUAGACCGAAUUCGGUUGCAUGUUACGAAGGAUACCUGUUAGCAUUUAGUGACGAUUUUAUAGAGAUAUGGAACUCUCGUUCUAUGAAGCAAGUACAAGUCAUUCAAGGAAACAAUAUCAGACUUCAUGCUAGUAACAGCGACUUACUUUCUGACGGAAAGCAUGUUAUGUUUAGUAUGACACAUCCUCAAUUCCAUGAUCGUCAUUUAAUCCUUGCACUGGACCUUGUGAAGGAAGAAAAUCUUAUGGAUGUAUAAGUAGCGUUUAGUUUUACCAAACACCCUAUUUAUUUUUUUAUUUUAUUUUUUUGGGAAAGUUUCAUGAAACGGUUUUUUUUUUAUUGUUCUUUCGUUGGUUGGUUUUGGUUUAUACUUUACACAAGGAUUGAUUGUUAAACAGAAUUGACCAUUUCUGAACCAUCAUAUUGUUAUUAUUUUUACUUAUUCUCCAUAUACGGUAUUAACAGAUACAUUUUAUCCAAUUAUAUAUGAAUUGUGAUGUUUACCAAAUAUAGAAUAUAUCGCAUCUUACUUUUAUUUAUGAUUUGGCAUAUCGAUUCCGGUAUUUUUGCAUUGGGAAAUUUAGUUUUUUAUUUAAAAUUUUUAUUAUCCAUAUAAUAAAUAGAUGAACCUUUUAUAUGGCUACUUUUGAGUUUUUGCAACACCG